AUGGCUAUGGCUUCCUCUUAUUUUUUGUUCUUCGUGGUUGUGGCCAUGAUCUUGUCCAGUUGUUGGAAUAUGGCCGACGCCGGCGACGCGGAUCUGAUAGUGGACUUCAUCGGCCCACUAGACGGCGGCGCAAACGGCAGUUUCUUCACCUUCACGGGGCUACGCUUCGCCGUGGCCGGAGAGUUCCCUCCAAAUUUCAAGCCCACAAAAGCGACCUUCUUGGAGUUCCCAGCCCUCCUCGGGCAGAGCGUUUCUUUGACCGUCCUCCAGUUCCCCGCCGGCGCCGUCAACCCGCCGCACACCCACCCCCGCUCGGCGGAGCUCCUCUUCCUUCUCUCCGGCACCCUGCAGGUGGGGUUCGUGGACACCACCAACAAACUCUUCAACCAGACCCUUCAAGUUGGGGAUSUGUUUUUGUUCCCUAAAGGAUUGCUUCACUUCCAGUUCAACUCCGACCCUCUCAACUCCGCCACCGCCAUCGCCGCCUUCGGCAGUGCCAAUGCCGGUACCGUGUCGGUGCCGUUGUCGGUGUUUUCGAGUGGGAUAAGUGAUGAUGUUCUCGCUAAGGCUUUCAACACUCAUGUGGCUGUCGUUCGUAGAAUCAAACAUGGACUUACACCCCCAAAUUAA